AAAGCCGAAACUUGACACCUCAUCAAGUUUCUUUCCUCGUUACACCGGACUCUCAGCUACACUUCAACCAAGAAUCGGAUUUUACCUUCUAAUCUUUUUUAUCGAUAACCAUAUCCUACCCAAACUAUUAGAAGAAGAUUCUUUUUAAAAGAAAAAGGAAGAAGAAGAAGAAGAAGAUUGAAACAGGAUCAAUUCCCCCAUCCCAAUCCCACUUUUCCUCAAAAACUUUCAGUAGCGUACAUAUAAUAAAUGUGUGUAGAAUAACGAAGUCAAAAAAUCCACUUUCUAAAACUGGUCCAUCUUAAAAAUUUCCUCUUUUUCCGUUCUUGAUUUUAUCCUCCUCCUCCUCCUCCUCCUCUUUCUUUCUUCUGCGCAUUUAACAUUCACAAUAUCAGAUCCCGUUUCUGUUAAUAUCUGAAUUCGACAAUUGGGGCGAAUAGAAAAGCGUUAGGGACCAAAGGCAAUAAUUAAUUGUAAAUGGGAAAAGUUGCUGUGGGAGUGGCGGUGAUAGGCGCCGCGGCAGUUUGCGCAGCCGCGGCGUUGAUAGUGAGGCAUCGGAUGCGAUGCUCCAGCCGGUGGGCCAGGGCUAUGGCCAUCGUCCGGGAGCUGGAGGAGAAGUGUGGCUCGCCCGAGGCCAAGCUUAAGCAAGUUGCCGAUGCCAUGACGGUGGAGAUGCAUGCCGGCCUUGCCUCCGAGGGUGGCAGUAAGCUGAAGAUGCUCAUCAGCUACGUCGACAAUCUCCCUACUGGUGAUGAGGAAGGAGUUUAUUAUGCACUGGAUCUUGGAGGCACAAAUUUUAGAGUUUUGCGGGUUGAAUUAGGCGGGAAAACUGGUGGCAUUGUCAGUCAAGAAUUUGCUGAGGCAUCAAUACCUCCUGAAUUGAUGGUUGGGACUUCAGAGGCUCUUUUUGACUACAUUGCAGCAGAGCUUGCAAAAUUUAUUACUGAAGAAGAAGAAAAGUAUCAUCCGCCUCCUGGUAGACAGAGAGAAUUGGGAUUUACUUUCUCUUUUCCUGUAAUGCAGAAUUCUAUAAAUUCUGGUACCCUUAUGAGGUGGACAAAGGGAUUCUCAAUUGAUGACAUGGUUGGCAAUGAUGUUGUCGCUGAAUUGUCAAAGGCUAUGCACAGACAAGGUGUUGAUGUUAAUGUGUCCGCUCUAGUUAAUGACACAAUUGGAACGCUAGCUGGAGGUAGAUUUUCUAACAAGGAUGUGGCUAUUGCUGUAAUCAUGGGUACUGGGACCAAUGCAGCAUACGUGGAACGUGCUCAGGCAAUCCCAAAGUGGCAUGGUCCCCUGCCUAACUCUGGAGAGAUGGUCAUAAAUAUGGAGUGGGGGAACUUUAAGUCUUCACAUCUUCCCUUAACAGAGUAUGACCAUGCAUUAGAUGCAGAAAGUUUAAAUGCUGGUGAACAGGUGUUUGAAAAGCUAAUUUCUGGCAUGUACUUGGGAGAAAUCUUGCGCAGAGUUUUACUUAGAAUGGCUGAAGAAGCUGCUUUCUUUGGUGAUGAGGUUCCACCUAAACUGAAGACUCCAUUUGUAUUAAGGACACCUGAUAUGUCAGCAAUGCAUCAUGACACAUCUGCUGAUUUGAGGGUGGUGAGCAACAAAUUGAAGGACAUAUUUGAGGUGUCCAAUACCACCCUGAAAACAAGGAGAGCUGUGGUUGAACUCUGCAACAUAAUUGCUACACGUGGUGCCCGACUUGCAGCUGCUGGGAUCUUCGGUGUCCUUAAGAAAAUGGGAAAGGACACUUCAACAGGAGCGGAGAAGACUGUAAUAGCUAUGGAUGGUGGAUUGUACGAGCAUUAUACUGAAUACAGGAAGUGUUUAGAGAACACUCUGAUCGAAUUGCUUGGAGGGGAUAGUUCAAGCAGCAUUGCUUUUGAGCACUCAAACGAUGGUUCGGGCAUUGGUGCUGCCCUUCUUGCUGCCUCACACUCCCAGUAUCGAAACGAGAGCUCAUAAUUAAUGGUAUAGGCAAGUUAGUCCUCCUUAACCUUGUUUAGCCUCAAUUACCCCAUAUACAUUAUUCUGGGCUAUUUUUCAUCCUUUUUGCUCGAUACUAGGAAGAUGUUACUUGGAAUUCUGCAUCUUUGCCCAUAAUUACCGGGAAACAAAUUCUGAGGAUUUGCGCGGUAUAAUGAGGACCUGCAACUUCCUCUUUCUUCCACGCUGCCCAGCCAAAUUGGCCCCUUGCAAACCUUCUGCGAGCUAGUGCAACGGUAAUAAAGACUCAGAAUCUGUCCUCCUCAAGCCUAUUUUAGUUGCUAUAAUGCUGAGAUUUGUGGUUAUUUGCUAGUCAAUCUUCUUAUUGUUGAUUUUUGGCUAUCGGGAACUACGCUGUAAUUGACAUACGGUUACUUCUCAAACUGCUUUGUUCUGUAACCAAUAAGAUGCUAAAUAAUCAUGGUGGAGUCUCAAAUUUUCAGAUGCAGUAUCAAUGAAGCUAUCAUAAACUUUUUUAA